AUGGACGCGGCAGAGCCCAUCGGGGACGAAAUCCCGUCAGAAACGAAAGGAAAGGAGAGGGAGGAAGGAGAUGACUACAAAACCUUGAAAUAUUCCCUACUGGGCCCCUCUCUGACGAAGGCGGGACAGGAUGCCGUCGACCAGCAGAAGGUGUCGGAAAUCAUCUACAAUGCGUCCAAAGGGUCCAAAUUCUUUAAUCACGAACAGAACCGCGAUCGGGUCCUCACGGAGAAGAUCGCUCGCAUCUUGAAAGAGAAAACGCGGUUGGAAAGCCACGAUCUCUCGCACGAUCUCCGACGAGCCGAUCAGCUGCUGACAGAGCUGGAACUCACCCGCGAUCUGACGCAGUAUGUUGUGCACGUCGACUGCGACGCCUUUUUCGCGGCCGUGGAGGAGCUGGAUAGGCCUGAGCUGAAAACCGUACCGAUGGCCGUCGGCAAAGGCGUCCUGACGACGUGUAACUACGAAGCCCGCAAGUUUGGCGUGCGCAGCGGCAUGGCGUCGUUCGUGGCCUUGAAGCUCUGUCCGCAGUUGACCCUACUGCCGCAGAAUUACGAAAAGUACGGCGCCAAAGCCAGGGAGAUCCGGGCCAUCUUUGCCGAGUACGAUCCGCUCUUUGAGAGUGCCAGUAUCGAUGAGGCGUACUUGAAUAUCACAGCGUACUGCGACGAGAACCAGCAGGACCCGGAAGAGGUGGUGCAGCGCAUGAGGGCUGAAGUGUUGGAGAAGACCAAGGUCUCCGUGUCCGCAGGCAUUGCGGCGAAUGCCAAAAUCGCCAAGAUCUGUUCCAAUCGCAACAAACCCAACGGGCAAUUUCGUGUUCCCAACGACCGAGAAACCAUUCUUAAUUUCAUGAAGGAGCUGCCGGUGCGCAAAGUCAACGGCGUCGGGCGCGUGUUUGAGCGGGAACUUGACGCGAUCGGCAUCAAGACCUGCGGCGACAUCUACCCCCAACGCGCGCUAUUAACCAAGCUGUUUGGCGAAAAGGCCUUCUACUUCUUGGCGCAGUGCUAUCUCGGCCUGGGAAGAACGAAGAUCCAGCCGGUAGAGAGUGAAGAACGCAAGAGUGUUGGUACCGAGCGCACCUUUAGCGAGAUCGGAAGCAAGGAGGAAUUCCGGCAGAAACUGUGGUCCAUCUCGCAGGAGCUGGAGAAGGAUCUGGCCUCGACGCAGUUCAAGGGACGCACCCUGGUCCUCAAGGUGAAGCUGGCUACGUUCGAGGUGCUCUCGCGGCAGUGCCAGCCUCCGCGGGCGGUGUCGGUGGCCAAAGAUCUGUAUUCAUUUUCGCUUCCCAUGCUGGAAAAGCUGGAGAAGGAGGUUCCAAACUUAAAGCUGCGACUGCUCGGACUGCGAUGCACCAACCUUGUCAGCACCAAGAAGGCCAUCGACUUUUUUGGUUGGGCCACCCAGCCCAAACCUGCCGAGCUCAAGCCUGCCGAGCCCAGGCCCGACUCUGCUGAUGCCAGCGAGCAAGAAAUCAACGCGGAAGAGGCCUUCGAGCGCGCGGCACAUCAGGAAAGGCAGGAGGAAAUGAACGAGCUGGAGCAACUCAGUCAGGAAAUCUCCGACCCGGCAGCCAACGAGGGUGAGGCCGAGGCCGACGGUGCCCUGUCUGUCGAGCCGUCAGAACCGGUUUACUGGGAGUGUCCGAUUUGCUCGCGACCUCACGCGGCCGAUGAUCGUGCGUUCAAUGACCACGUCGACUAUUGUCUGUCGAGGCAGACGAUAAAGGAGGCGGUUCAGGGAGCGUCCCGAGAGGUGGAAGGGAGUCCGAAGCCUACUCAGAUGGCGACGCCGCAGACACAGACACGCAAGAGGAAGCCGACGUCAACCGACGAUCCGCGGCAGAAGCGGCUUUUUUUUGUUUGA